GGACGGGCAUGAUGCAGAUAAUACAAAACAAAGCACUGCUGAUAUGACUGUAUUUGUCCAGAAUCUUCUUCAGCAAAUGCAAACCAGGUUUCAGACAAUGUCUGAAUCAAUCAUCUCAAAAAUUGAUGAGAUGGGGAACCGGAUUGAUGAAUUGGAGCAGAGCAUCAACGAUUUGAGAACUGAAAUGGGCCAGGAAGGUUCUCCAUCGCCUUCGGCCACACUAAAGUCAAAAGAUGAACCAAAAUCUGCUGAGGAUUCUACAUAAAGUAACUGACGAUACAUCGAGGUGGUUUAUCAAACAAUUGUUUAGCUUUAAAAGAGUGUUAUCCUUUUUUGGAUGUUAUGCCUUUUGGUUUUGAUAGCUGCAUUCUGUACCUGGAUUCUCUGGUUCUGGAAAGAGAGACGUGUGCUAUUGGUCAUUGAUUUGGUUAUCAAAUUAUGCUUUUAUGAUAGUAUGUUAAAGGGUGUAUAACGAAGGGUUAUAUUGUUGAGAUUUUAGGCCCUCUUCAAACGAGGGCCAGUUUUCUUGUCAAAGCCCUCUUUUGCUUUAA